UCAACCUGGAGUGUGUUGCUGACAGCAACCCCCAGCCAGGCAGGUAUAUCUGAAUCAGACGACAGGGAGGCCAAAGCAUUCAAAUGAAUUCAACUCAGGGCAAAAUGUCCUAUCCCAGUAACUCACUGGCCACUGACAUCCAGCAGCUGCCCCUUGACACAAAAUUCACAGCUGGACAGUUUCUGCCAUGGAUACUGACUGCUCUGGCAGUUGUAAGUCUUUCUGUGGGGAGCUGUAAUGUUUGUACGCAGAAUAAGUUGCAGAGAGAGACCAAAGGCCAGCUCUAAUCUCCCCACUUUGGAUAUCCCUCUAAGGUACUCUCAUUUUUGCAUCUGUAUUUUACAUACAACAAAUAAUAAUGUUCAAGCUCAUUGACAUUGAGAUGUUUUUGUCUUUAAGGCAACCUGUCCCUAAGGUACAGCAAUCCCCAAAAGUAACAUAGGAUAACCCUUUGAAGAACCCGUUUUGGUUCCUAGUAGUCCUCUUUUGGUUCCAGGUAGAACCCUUUUGGGUUCCAGGUAGUGCUCUUUCUACAGAAGGGUCUAUAUAGAACCCAAAAGGAUUCUACCUGGAACCCCAAAUUUGACAUCUGCUCCUGCCACGCCCUCUACUGCUCAUCCGGUGUCUCCUUGACCGGCCUCCACUCCCCCAGUGCUCUUUCCUUUUCUGUGUGUGAUUGUGUGGGCAGAGACAGGUGUGCUGGAGUCAGAGCAGAUUCCCACCAGCUGCAACCUGUUCCAUAAUCAAGACCUCUACAAAUACUCAGCCCUGCCACUUCCACGCUGUCAGAUCGUAAUCUCUGCUCAGUCAGUCUAUGUUCCUUUUUUGAUCCUGUUGUCCUGCUGUGCCUGUCUUCCCUUGACUGAUGCCGUUUUCCUCUCUACUACAGGUCUGCCCACUCUGACUCUGGUCCCUGUCUCCAGUCCUACUUCUCGUCAGUCCUGCUACUCUGUCCUGGAUCCCCCACUCUACGGCUCCCUUGAUUCCCCUCUGGAUCUGCUUACCCUGUCCCAACACGUCUCGCUCCAGCCUCGGCCUCCGCACCUGGUUUACUGCAACCUGCCUUAGCUCCCCCUGGCCUGCCCUCAAUCUUCCCCCUGUGUUUUAAUAAAUACCUUGGUCAACUCAUCCCAGUCACCUGUUCACCUGGGUUCACCUGUUCCGCUUCGCGUGACACAAAAGGGUUCUAACUGGAACCAAAAAGGGUUCUCCUAUGGGGACAGCUGAAUAACCCUUUGGAACCCUUUUUCUAAGAGUGUAGCACCUUAAUUAACCCCCUAGUCAAAGGGACACCUUAUGGUGACAGUUAUGCAAAACUUAAAUGAUUUAGGCCCAGUGAUGGCUGUUACACUUGGUUUAUUACACCGUUGCUUAUCUCAUUAUGUACAAACCACCCAUUCAUUGACUGCUUACUUGUUCUGAUGAAAUGAGCUAGAGAGAACAGUUUUUCAAGUUAAAUUAGGAGCAUGUAAUUAGAAAGCGGUGGACAGUCCUCCCCAACCAAGCUGAGGAGAGAAGUGACUUUAAUCUGCACAAAUAACUUUCCGUGAAGCCUGUGUAGCGGAUAGCCUCGGACUUUCCACCAUAUCCUCUGUUUGAUGAACUGUUGAUAGCAUGAAAGCCAUGGUGGUGAGGAGUGGGGUGAUUCUGUCUGUCUACAUCAUCACCUUCCUGAUUGGCCUGCCUGGCAACAUCCUGGCACUUUACGCCUUCAGCGUCAAGAUCCACAACAAACCCACUCCCACAGACAUCCUCCUGCUCAACCUGACUGUGUCCGACCUUAUCUUCCUGCUCUGCCUGCCCCUCAAGAUGCACGAGGCAGCCUCCGGCAUGGUCUGGACUCUCCCCAGGCUUCUCUGCAAUGUUACCUCUUUCAUCUUCUUCUCCACCAUCUACACCAGCUCCCUCCUGCUGAUGGUGGUCAGUGUUGACCGCUACCUGUGUGUGGCCUUCCCUGUCCAGUACAGGCUCCGCCGCAAGCCCUUGUACGGAGUGGUGAGCAGCCUGGUGGUGUGGGUCUUCAGCUCGGUCCACCUCUGCUUCAUCUACAUCGUGGAGAACCAGAACUCAUCUGAUCUCUAUAUCUGCUAUGACAACUUCACCGAGGAGCAGCUGAAGGUGGUGCUUCCCAUGCGCUUGGAGCUGUGUGUGGUUCUAUACAUCGUGCCACUGCUGGUCUGUGUGUUCUGCUACCUGAACUUCAUCCUCAUCCUCAAUAGGACCCCUAACCUUUGUGCAGAGAAAAGGAAGAGAGCCGUUGGAAUGGCUGUGGGGACCUUGCUUGUUUUUAUUGUCUGCUUCCUGCCCUAUAAUGUCACCCAUGUACAGGGGUUCAUCAUCCAAGACAAUGUGGAGUGGCGGCUCUACGCUCUGCUCCUGACCACGGUCAACACCAUCCUGGAUCCUGUGACGUUCUACUUCUCCUCCUCCAUGUUCCAGGCCACCGUGAAGAGGAUCCUGACUGGGAAGCGAAGGAACAGCACCCCUGGUGUCUUCAUGACAGCUCAAAACAACACUAGAGACAUAGAGGGACACAGUAACCCAGCCACAACUGAGGGAGGUUUGUCUGACAAGUGACAGAGCUUUUGAUGACAAU